UACUCAACUGCUUCGUGUCAAGUGUAGAGAAAAUACCGAAUUCUUCAGAAUCCUGGGAGUUGAUAUGACGUUUUGUUUAUAUCUAAAGAACAGUUAUAAAUCGAAGAAUAAAACUUUUCUAUCAUUUUAGUCUUGAAAUAUAAAUGAUACAUGGGUUCUCCCAAGUCGAGCAACGUUAAUAAAACUCCCGACAGUAAACCCAAAAUCAAAGUAGAGAACAGCAAACAGGACUUGGGCAAUACUCAAAUUGAAAAUGAAUCAAAAAAAUUUUUUCGGAUACAAUUCGAACUCGAUCUCGUUUCAGUUUGUCUCUUCUUAGUCAGUGCAUCAACACGAUUGUAUAAAUUAGAGCAACCAAGAAAUAUAGUGUUUGACGAAUUGCAUUAUGGAAAAUAUGUUUCAUUAUAUAUGAAGAAUACAUUUUUUUUCGACUCUCAUCCACCUUUGGGCAAACAGUUAAUAGCGUUUGCAGCCUCUCUUGCUAAUUACGAUGGAACCUUUAAGUUUGACAAGAUAGGAAGUCCAUAUUCAGAAGAAAUUCCAUUGUUUGCCCUUCGUUUUGUUCCAGCUCUUUUUGGGAGUCUUAUAGUUCCUACAGCUUAUCAUCUCCUGCUAGAAUUCAAUUUAUCACAGUGGACUUCCUUGAUUGGUGCUUCAUUAUUACUUUUUGACAAUGCUCUACUAACCCAAAGUAGGUUCAUUCUUAUGGAAUCUAUGAUAGUAUUUUUUGCAUUGUUUGGGUUGUUAGGUGUUAUGAAAUUUAGACGAGAGUAUGCUAAUUUUUUGAGUUUUCGUUGGUUCUUUUGGUUAAUUGUUAGUUUCAUAUCUCUGACUUGUUCAGCCAGUAUUAAGUAUGUCGGGUUUUACACUUGCUGUUUAGCAUUUUAUAUUUUAAUGAGAGAUUUCUGGAAGUUAUUGGGGUCAAAAUUAUCAGAUGCUGCUCUAUAUUUGAGAUUUUUUCUUCAAUUUGGUAUUGCUAUGUUUGUGCCCAUAAUUGUCUAUAUGACAAUAUUCUAUAUACACCUGAGUGUUCUUUAUAAAGCUGGGCCACAUGAUAGUAUAAUGACCAGUGCUUUUCAAGCAUCUCUUGAAGGUGGACUGGCUUCCAUCACUAAAGGGCAACCUUUGUUGGUUGCUCAUGGCUCCCAAAUAACUCUAAGACAUAGUCAUGGAAGAACUUGCUGGUUACACUCACACAAUCAUGUUUACCCCAUUCGUUAUGCUGAUAAAAGGGGUUCAAGUCAUCAGCAACAAGUCACAUGUUAUUCAUUCAAAGAUGUAAAUAAUUGGUGGAUUGUGAAGAGACCUGAUAAGAAUGAUUUGGUUGUUGAAUACCCUGUUGAUGCUAUCAAAGAUGGUGAUAUAAUUCAACUAGUCCAUGGAAUUACAAGUAGAGCCUUGAACUCGCAUGAUGUUGCGGCGCCGCAAUCUCCUCAAUGUCAAGAGGUAUCGUGUUAUAUAGAUUAUAAUGUCUCUAUGCCUGCUCAAAAUCUGUGGCGGGUGGAAAUACUGAACAAAGAGAACAACGGAGACUCAUGGCAUACCAUUCAGUCACUGGUUCGAUUGGUUCAUGUUGAUACAAAUACUGCUCUUAAAUUUUCUGGGAAACAAUUACCAGAUUGGGGAUUUCAUCAGCAUGAAAUUGUGGCAGAUAGAAUCAUCAACCAGGAUGAUACUGUGUGGAAUGUAGAGGAGCACAGGUAUACAAAAUCUGGUGAUCAAAAGGAGAGAGAGAGAGACCUAGUUACAGCCGAGAUGAUUCCCACCACAGCUACAAAACUGAGCUUCUUGGAAAAAUUCAUUGAAUUACAUUAUAAAAUGUGGUUUACCUCAACUGAAAAUCUUCAAAACCAUAUGUAUAGCUCUGAACCCCACGAAUGGCCUCUGAUGUCAAGAGGAAUUGCUUAUUGGGUGUCUUCUGAUAGCAAUGCACAAAUUCAUUUACUUGGUAACUUGAUGAUAUGGUACUCAGCUACAUCAGGAGUUUUUAUUUAUAUUUUUUUACUGAUAUUCUACCUUCUGCGAAGAAGAAGACUGAUCUUUGAUUUGGACAAACAUACAUGGGAGAAGUUCGAAACAAUAGGAGAAGUAUUCUUGGCUGGAUAUUUAUUUCAUUAUAUACCAUACUUUUUCGUGGACAGAACUCUUUUUCUCCACCACUACCUUCCUGCAUUUGUUUUCAAAACGUUUCUGCUUUCUGCUGUGAUGGAACAUGCUUAUAUUGUUGUGAAAAACAAUUUCAAGGCUGUAAUUUUAUCGAAAAUAAUGAUUUUAAUGCAACUUAUCUGGUUGUCCUUGAUAUUUUUUGUGUAUGUGAAAUUCUCUGUACUCAGUUAUGGAACUACAGAAUUGACAAUGAAAGAUAUUUUAGAUUUGAGGUGGAAGGAUACAUGGGAUUUUAUUAUUCAUAAAAAAUAGGAAUUUGAUGAGAUAAAAUAACGGAAUUUCGAAUAUUGUUGAAUUUUUAUAAAUUUUAUUCAAAAUGGCAAAUGUUGAAUACAGAAAAAUAGAACUGGUUGUGAAACGUUCGAGAUUCAAAAUUAGAGAGAUAUUUUUGUAUUUUUAUAUUUAUAUUUACUCUAGGUUUUAUUUAAGUAUUUAUUAAAAAUAGUUUUGCAGAA